AUGGAAAGUGAGCACGAGUCGCAAGAGCCAAUAGAACAGUAUCACCCACUUCCCAGUAAUAAUCCGAGUCCUUCGGGGAGGAAGGAGGGGAAGGGGGGGAAGGGGAAGGGGAAGGGGAAGGGUAAGGGGGGCCCGGACAAUGGGAAGUUCCGGUACAGGGGGGUGCGGCAGCGCAGCUGGGGGAAGUGGGUGGCGGAGAUCAGGGAGCCGCGGAAGCGCACGCGCAUCUGGCACGGGCCCCGCGCCCACCUCAACCUCCAGAUUAUCGCUCCAUCUUCCUCCUCCUCUAAUUCCUCCACUUCCUUGUCCCCAUCCCCAUCUUCCUCUUCUUCUCCUUCUGUUGUUGGUGCUUCUACUAGUGCUUCGUCUUCUUCGCCGUCAUCGUACUCGGCAUCCUCAUCUUCGUCUUCUACGCUUCGCCCCAUCUUACCGCGCCCUUCGGGGUUCCCUUUCCAACUCUUCCACCCACCACCACCACCACCACCCACUAAUCCCACUUACACUACCAAUCUUAAUCCCAUCAUCUUAUAUCCCCACCCCAGUACUGCGACCAUAGGUGGUAACCCUCUUACUGCAAACCCUAUUUUCCCACAUGCAGUAACCGCCCCAACCGAGACACCGCCGCCGCCGCCGCAGGAGCCGUCCUACGUGGCGGGGGUGAACUGCGAGGAGAUCACUUCUCUAGCGGGCUCGGUGAGCUCGAGCCUCUCGCUCUCGUGCCCCUCCGUCGCUGCUCCGGCCUCGGCGGCGGCGGAGGAGGCGCCGCAGCCGCCGCCGCUCCCGGUGGCGGCGUCGCCGGUUUGGGGUUACGACGAUUACGUGGCUGCGGCGGCAUCCUGCUUGUGGGAUGAUGCGGAUCCGUACCUGUUUGAUCUCUAA